AUGACGACGAUGACCGCUCAGAUGGAGAACACAAACACGCGAGAUUUUGCGAAAGCAACGACCCGACUUAUAAGACCAUGCAAGGAAUUUCCCGCUCAGGCCGAGAAGUACGUCCGCAGCAUCUUCAAGGAGAAGCCCAGCAACCUCGACCUCGCCGCGACGGAGCUAGUCCCUCUCUACGGCCUCAACGACAACGCAAGCCACGACGUCGUGGCCCGCGUGCAAACACAGGCCAUCUUCGUGUGCCCGGAGCUUCAGGAGCACCUCGGCGAGUUCGUGCUACUAUACCUGAACGGCGAGUGGUCGCUGCCCGUGGGCGACUGGCGCGCCACCAUAAAACUCAUCCAACAACACAAGAAAGACCCCACGUGGCAUUCGUCGAAGUGCCCUGUCCAGCCGGACUGGACGGUCAACCAUUUUUAUGCAAGGUUUUUGCUCAGGAUGUUGCGCGAGGUCAGAUAUCCGGUUAAGGAGACGAAGAUGCUGGGCUGGCUGAGACGCGCGGACCAUGAGGAUGUGUACUGGGUGCUCUUCCAUGCGCUGAUGUACUUGCAGCUGGAUAUCAUGCAGUUUAAUCGCUCGCAUGCGCCGUUGAGGGAUGUGGCGAGUCAUUAUGCGAAUAAGUUUCCUGGCGUUGGGACUUGUCUUUGA